AUGAACUACCGAAUCAAUGAGAAUAGCUUUCAUUCGCGAGAGGGCAAUAGGACUCAGCUUUUUGGUGCGGAAUACGAUGAUUUGACCAGAAGAGCUGCGUCGCCUUACGAUCAAAACAGGGGUCUCGAUGUUUCUCAAAGUACUUUGUCACAGCUGGAAUCUCAGAAUGAUGUACAUAUAAGUGCAAUGGGGGAAAGGAUAAAGAGUUUGAAAUCUUUGUCGUUAAGGAUGGGGGACGAAAUUAAAGGAAGUAAACAUACUUUGGAUUCUUUAGGAGAAGCAUUUGACAACGGCCAGGUUAAGCUGAAGCAAACCUUUCGGAAUAUGAUGGUAAUGGCCAAAAACUCUCGUAUAAGCAUAAAGACGUGGCUCAUUAUUUUCUUGGUGGUGUUCUUGGUGUUUUUUUGGGUUUGGAUCCGUUGA